CUGAGGGCAUAUUCCCGUGUGCAUCAAAAGCGCCUUUCCCCGCCGGUUCCCGCCGCACGCACCCACGGGGCGCGGGGCACGCCGCGGUGACGUCGCUGCGGAGCGAGCGACGCAGUCCGGGCGCGACCGAGUGCGCGCGCGGGCGGCGCCAAGAUGGCGGCAGCGGAGCCGGAGCCGUGCCCGGGGGAGCCGGAGCCGUGCCCGGGGGAGCCGGAGCCGUGCCCGGGGGAGCCGGAGCCGUGCCCGGGGGAGCCGGAGCCGUGCCCGGGGGAGCCGGAGCCGUGCCCGGGGGAGCCGGAGCCGUGCCCGGGGGAGCCGGAGCCGUGCCCGGGGGAGCCGGAGCCGUGCCCGGGGGAGCCGGAGCGGCUAGAAUUCCUGCGGGAGCGGCAUGUGCGCUUCUUCCAGCGGUGCCUGCAGGUCCUGCCCGAGCGCUACUCGACCCUGGAGACUAGCAGGUUGACAAUUGCAUUUUUCGCACUCUCUGGUCUGGAUAUGUUGGAUUCCUUAGAUGUGGUGAACAAAGAUGAUAUAAUAGAAUGGAUUUAUUCCCUGCAGGUCCUUCCCACAGAAGACAGAUCAAACUUGAAUCGCUGUGGAUUCAGAGGCUCUUCAUAUUUAGGGAUGCCAUUCAAUCCCUCCAAGGGUCUGGGUAUAUUUCAUCCCUAUGAUAGUGGUCACAUAGCAAUGACUUACACAGGUCUGUCCUGUCUGGUUAUUCUUGGAGAUGAUUUAAGUCGAGUCAAUAAAGAUGCCAUACUGGCAGGGCUGAGAGCUCUCCAGCUGGAGGAUGGAAGUUUCUGUGCAGUGCUGGAAGGAAGUGAGAAUGAUAUGAGGUUUGUGUACUGUGCUUCCUGCAUCUGCUACAUGCUCGAUAACUGGUCAGGCAUGGAUAUGAAAAAAGCGAUAGGCUACAUUAGAGGAAGUAUGUCUUACGAUAAUGGCCUGGCACAGGGAGCUGGACUGGAAUCUCAUGGUGGCUCUACAUUUUGUGGUAUUGCGUCACUGUAUUUGAUGGGUAAACUGGAGGAGGUUUUUUCAGAAAAAGAAUUGAACAGAAUAAGAAGGUGGUGUGUCAUGAGACAACAGGAUGGCUACCAUGGACGACCCAACAAACCUGUAGACACUUGCUAUUCCUUUUGGGUGGGAGCAACAUUGAAGCUCUUGAACGCAUUCCAAUAUACAGAUUGUGAGAAAAACCGAAAUUACAUCCUGUCAACUCAAGAUCGCCUUGUUGGUGGAUUUGCCAAGUGGCCUGAUAGCCAUCCAGAUGCUUUACAUACCUACUUUGGGAUCUGCGGUUUGUCGUUAAUUGGAGAACCUGGUAUUUGCAAAGUUCAUCCCGCCCUGAAUGUAAGCACAAGAACCUCAGAGCGCCUUCACCACCUUCAUCAGAUCUGGAAAACAAGGACUCUAAACACUGAUCAGACAACACACACCUCUCUACAUGACUGAUUUAGACUUGAAUUUAGUUCUGGUAGCGUAAUUGUAGCCCAAGGUUAAAAGCCAUGCAUAACCAACGUGCUCUUUUAAGUGCUGGAGUCAUACAAUCAGAUCUGUGUUCCUGGCAUAACUUCGAUAGGGAGUUGCCUUCAGCAGGUUAUUCUGCAUUGUGAAAAAAAUAAAUAUUUUGAUUAUAUAGAAGUUUGUCACCGCAGACUGUAAUUGGCUCUUCAGAUGGCUUUACUUCUAAGAAAUCCCUUGAGGCGUUUAAAUUUCAUUUUUACUUUAUUUUUCUAAAUUUGUGCAUACUGUGUCAAAAUAUAUAAUAAGAAAGUAUUUUCAAAAUCUGUUCUACAUAUCAUACAGUAUAGCACAGAUCCUUGGAGUUCUUUAUGAUCUUAAUGUCUUACAUACUUCUGGGUAGACAAUCUCCCAUAUUAAGUCACAGUUAAAAGUUACCUUUCAUUACCUACUUUCAGAUUCCAUAAAAUUUGUUUAAAAAAAAAAAUCAAGUAAAUACAAGUAAAAUUAUUCAAUAUACUGGACCUCUAAAGUUAUGUGGCCUUACUAAAUGGAUUCCAUAAUUCUUUUUGAGUAUCUUCUACACAGAUGCAGUUUUCAUCUGAAAUACUCUCUUCAUGUGAAAUUGAAUGAGAGUGAUGUAUUGAUGUAUUAUGUGAUGUAUUAUGUCAAUAAGAGAUACUCAACACAGUCUUUUGGAAGAAUAGCUGUGUGCGAGAGUAGCAUUAGAACCUGUUUCUGACGUCAAGCCUUUGCAAUAAAUAAAAAUCAUACAACUGCA